GGGGGUCCCCCAGUCGGGGCCGCCCCACGGGGCAGCGUCAUCUGAUGCUGUUUCCUGCAGGAGGGAGAAGAGCGGAAAAAAGCGAAACUCCACCCCCGUCGCCGCCGCCCGCCGCCGCCGCCUCCCGCCUGGGCUCGACCCAGGCUCGGCCGCCUCCCGCCCGUCCCCGGGGCCAGAGUCGUUAGAGGCGGAGGAAGGAGCACAAGAGCCGGCCGUCCCCUCCCGCCCAUGCCCCCCAGGCGGCGUCCCCAGGGCCCCCCGAGCCCUGCGAUGCGGGGGGCCGACAGGCGGGACUGCAGGGGCCCCCGGCGGCCGCGGCCGUGGAGCCUGUGAUUGUGGGGCGCCCCGCCAUGGAGCCCCUCAAGAAUCUGCUCCUCAAGAGCCCGCUGGGGCCAUGGAGCGGCGGGGGCCGGGCCGAGGGGCCCCCCAAGGCCGCUUACCCCGGCCCGGUGUGGACGGCGCUCUUCGACUACGAGGCCAGCGGGCGCGAUGAGCUGACCCUGCGCAAGGGCGACCGCGUGGAGGUGCUGUCCAGGGAUGCGGCCAUCUCCGGAGACGAAGGCUGGUGGGCGGGCAAGGUGGGCGACCAGGUGGGCAUCUUCCCCUCCAACUACGUGUCCCGGGGCGGUGCCCCGCAGCCUGAGGUGGCCCGCUUCCAGGAGCUGCGCUUGGAGGAGGUGAUUGGCGUGGGGGGCUUCGGCAAGGUCUACCGGGGUAGCUGGAGGGGCGAGCUUGUGGCUGUCAAGGCUGCCCGCCAGGACCCAGACGAGGACAUCAGCGUGACGGCUGAGAGCGUCCGCCAAGAGGCGCGCCUCUUCGCCAUGCUGGCUCACCCCAACAUCAUUGCGCUGAAGGCGGUUUGCCUGGAGGAGCCCAACCUGUGCCUGGUGAUGGAGUACGCAGCCGGCGGGCCCCUCAGCCGGGCUCUGGCUGGCCGGCGGGUCCCCCCUCACGUGCUGGUCAACUGGGGGGUGCAGAUAGCCAGGGGGAUGCACUACCUGCACUGUGAGGCCCUUGUGCCUGUCAUCCACCGGGACCUCAAGUCUAACAACAUCCUGCUACUGCAGCCCGUGGAGGGGGACAACGUGGAACAGAAGACCCUGAAGAUCACUGACUUCGGCCUGGCCCGCGAGUGGCACAAGACCACCCAGAUGAGCGCGGCGGGCACCUAUGCCUGGAUGGCCCCUGAAGUCAUCAAGGCAUCCACGUUCUCCAAAGGCAGCGACGUCUGGAGCUUUGGGGUGCUGCUGUGGGAACUGCUGACCGGAGAGGUGCCUUACCGGGGCAUCGACGGCCUGGCCGUGGCCUACGGAGUGGCUGUGAACAAACUCACCCUGCCCAUCCCCUCCACCUGCCCAGAGCCCUUUGCCCAGCUCAUGGCCGACUGCUGGGCACAGGACCCCCACCGCCGGCCAGACUUCUCCGUCAUCCUGCAGCAGCUCUCAGCCCUGGAGGCGCAGGUGUUGAGGGAGAUGCCCCGCGACUCCUUCCACUCCAUGCAGGACGGCUGGAAGCGAGAGAUCCAAGGCCUCUUUGACGAGAUCCGAGCCAAGGAAAAGGAGCUGCUGAGCCGAGAGGAGGAGCUGACCCGGGCUGCGCGGGAGCAGCGCUCCCAGGCCGAGCAGCUGCGCCGCCGCGAGCACCUGCUGGCGCAGUGGGAGCUGGAGGUGUUUGAGCGCGAGCUGACCCUGCUCCUGCAGCAGGUGGACCGCGAACGGCCGCAUGUGCGCCGCCGCCGAGGCACCUUCAAGCGCAGCAAGCUGCGGGCCCGGGACGGGGGCGAGAGGAUCAGCAUGCCUCUGGACUUCAAGCACCGGAUCACCGUGCAGGCCUCUCCUGGCUUAGACCGAAGGAAGAACGUCUUUGAGGUCGGGGCUGGGGACUCGCCCACCUUCCCUCGCUUCAGGGCCAUCCAGUUGGAAGCUGCAGACACAGGACAGGUUUGGGGUCGUCAAUCCCCUCGACGCUUGGAAGACCCAGGAAAUGGGGAGCGUCGGCCAUGUUGGGCCUGGGGGCCCGGUUCCCCUAAGCCAGGGGAGGCUCAGAAUGGGAGGAGACGGUCCCGAAUGGAGGAGACGACCUGGUACCUGGACUCCAAUGAGCCUUCCCCUCUGGGGUCCCCAUCCACACCCCCCACACUCAAUGGCGACGUCCGCCCCCCGGAGCCCGAGGAGCCGCGGCGGCCAGGCCCCUCAGACCGGAGCGGGACCCCCAAGAUCAUCCAGCGUGCCCUGCUCCGGGGCACAGCUCUGUUAGCCUCCCUGGGGCUGGGCCGGGACCUUCAGCAGGCUGGCAGCGGGGUGCGUGACAAGGGAGAUGCCACCCCCGAAGAGGCGCCGUCUUCGCCCCCCUCCCCCCUCAUCCGCUUCUCUCCCAAAACGCCAGAAGCCCCGACCUCGCCCCUGAGCCUGGACACAGAGGUGCCUCCCGGCCCCCCACUGCUUGACCUGGGCACCCCUGGGGGGCAGCCCUCUGCCAAAAGCCCCCGCCGAGAGGAGGAGACUCGGGGGGGAGCCGUCUCCCCGCCUCCUGGGGCCUUCCGUUCUCCACCCGGCACCCCCCGAUCCCCAACGCUGGGCCUCAUCAGCAGGCCUCGGCCUUCGCCCCUCCGGAGCCGCAUUGAUCCGUGGAGUUUUGUGUCCACCGGACCCCGCCCGUCCCCCCUUCCAUCUCCACAGCCUGCCCCACGCCGGGCCCCCUGGACCCUGUUCCCAGACUCGGACCCCUUCCGGGACCCCCCGCCUUUCAACCCUUUCAGCCCAGGGUCCCCACAGAACAGCAGAGCCCAGACCAAAGACAUGGGGGGCCAGGCUCCUUGGGGAGCCACAGGACCAGAGGGGAGCCCCUGAGUGAGGCGGGAAAGACAUACCUGAUGAGGCGGGAGCGUCUCAGUCUUAGGGACCUGGCCCUGGGGAGGUGGAUGCCCCCAAGGGGGACCUUCAGCCAGAGGGGGGCCCUCUCUAGAAGUCUCUGUAUACACUGGAAAAGGAGAAAGGGGCCGGACCCCCAAAAGGCCACUAUAUCUGAGGGGCUGAUGGUCCCUGCCUACUACUCCCCCAGUCCCUCUGGAAGGGGCUGAGCAGCCUCUAGGAGCCGGGGACCCCUUCCCAGCUGCCUCAGUUUCUUCCAGAGGCUCUUGGUUCUCCUCCUAAGACGGCCCCUUUUCUUUGAAGGGGCACAAGAUGGGGAUGAAACCUCCCUUCCCUGGAACACUACGCUGCACCUGAAGCCUUAACACUGGACUGAGGGGAAGUCCAGAGGGGAGGUCGGGUCCCCCCCCACCUCGCUGACCAAUAGGGGGCCUCUGAAGCCACCCCCUUGCCCCUCUUCUUCCCCCGCUGGGGCUCUACACUGUAACUGGCUGGUUUAAGGGGGACCAAAACCUGUCUCAGGGAAUCGCUGUCCGCCCUUCCCUGCCCGGGAGGGGAGGCAGGGAGUGCAAGGUUCGGUGGUCGUGGGCCCUGGGCACGAGGGGAGGGGGCGGGGCUGGCCGCCCCCAGCACCCGGAGGGCCCCCCCGGCUGCACCUCGCACCCCUGUCCUGAGACCCAGACCCCGGGCUCCGUGCUACUGAAACCAAAUAAACUCCUAAGCUGGC